ACCGAAAGUAAAACGGGAGGAACACCGGGAGCACGCCUGGACUUCCACUGAAACGUGUCGCUUAUUUCUGAAUUUAUCUGAUUUCUCUUCGUCUCCGGAAUGCUGUCGAUUAUUAUCGUUUUACUGAAUCUCCUCAUAGAGACUUCAGUGUCGUUGACUGUGGUGGUUCCUCCUGAUACUAUAGUGGCUCAUGUGGGAUCCACAGUGACUCUUCCCUGCUGGAUCUCUCCUCCUGAGAACGCUGAAGCUCUGGAGAUCCGCUGGUACCGUCAGGAUCAGUUCAACAACCCUGUUCUCCUCUAUAAUCACGGGAAGAUCCAGGACAUCCAGGAAUGUUUCAGGAACCGAAGCUCUUUGACUCUGCGGUCAGAUCAGUCUGGUGGACUGAAGGAUGGAGAUGUCUCUCUACGGCUGGAGAAACUCACUUUUCAGGAUGAAGGUUUAUUUCACUGUUAUGUGAGCGGAGAACAUUCAUAUAACAGUAAAGUGGUAGAUCUCAAAAUCACGAGUCCAUCAGAUUCAUCAGAUUCAUCAGGUCUAUGGAAGGCUCUUUUCCUCACGUUUCUCAUCUGUUCUCUUCUGGGUUUGUUUGGGCUGAUCCUCUACAGAUACAGACACAAACGAACAGGAAAGAAACCAACUGAAGAAAUUUGUGAGGAGGAAACUCAGGAGAGACUGCUAAAAGCAGUUGUGGAAGACAUGAAUAUAGAAGAACUGAGGGAACAUGCAGUUGAGAUCACUAUCGACCGUGAGCGUUCACAUCCAGAUCUGAGGGUUUCUAAAGACUGUAAAAUCCUGAGGGAUAAUCCAGAAUAUGAACACACUGGAGAGGGGUUUCCAUUUGAAUUAUGUGCUUUUGGAGCCCAAAGAUUCACCUCUGGUCGUCACUAUUGGGAAGUAGAGCUGGCAGUUCCACCUAGUCCUCCCAAAAUCUUCUGGAUGAUUGGUGUGGUGAAAGAGGGAAACCUUCCUACAAGAGACAGAUCUGCUUUAACUGCAUCAGCUGGUUUCUGGUUCUUGUGUUCAGACGGUCCUCAUGGCUUUCACACCAACACUGAUCCACCAGUUAAACUCUCUCUGACACCGAGACCUGAACGACUGGGAGUUCUGUUAGAUUAUGAUCACGGUCAGCUGUCAUUUUACAACGUCACAGAGAGAAAACAUCUCCUGACCAUCAGCAGCAGAUUCUCUGGAUCAGUCCUUCCUCUCUUCAAUCCUGGUGUUGGUGAUAAGAGUCCAUUUAAAAUCCUGGAUCUUCCAAAACCUGCAGAACCAGCUGAACCCAGUCCUUCACUGAGUAACAUGGUAGCUGUAGAAUUAGAUGUAAAUGCCAGUGAUAAUCUGUAGAAUCAGCUGAAUCCAGUCAGGCUUUACCCGUUUCUACACCAGACGAGAGCAGCACAGUGGGGAUCAGUAACAGCUCAGACACCUGACUGACUAAUGCAGUUUAAUCAGAAGGACAUACGUGCAUAAAAAAUACCUGAUGCAUGAAAAACUACAAACAUCUGUUAAAAUGUACUGAUAUGGUUCAGACACAAUGAUUUUUAAGAUUAGGGAUGAUUCCCAGUGAUAAUGCAUCAUUAAUUAAAUCAAAAGUCAAUUAAUGACAUCUUCACAUGACGUGAUCCAAUCCUACAGUGUCACAUGACGACAUCAAAUCAGUGCUGAAGAUUUAAUUCCUCCCUUAUUUCGACCAUCAAUACUCCCAAUCAAACACAACUAACACAGUCGAGGGGUUAACUGUUUAAUCAUCAGAUAUAACACAACACUCUACGUGACACAAACAAUAAAUGAGUGCAUGGAGGUGUGUGUGAACAUCUGCCUACAGUCACAUAAAGACCCCAGAGGAAAAUUAUGGAAA